AAGACUGUUCCAGGGGGAAAAUGAACUUCCCGCCAUCUAGGUUAGUUUGCGGUAUUUUGAAAUUUUAUACGUACAGAAUAUCUCGCAUGUAACCGUUCGGCUGAUGAGGAAGUAAACGAAAUCGUCAGAGAGAACUAUGCGAUAGUGACCAUUACAGGGCGCAUAGGUGACCUGAAGUACGCAGAGUUCGUGGAAAAUCUCGUCGUGUGACUCACACAAGGCAAGAUAAACCGAUGUUCACAUCGUGACAGAUUCACGGUGCUCGCAGAGGUUAACCGGCUUCAACGAGCGAGAGAUAAUGGGGAUAGAGAAGAAGAGCUGCAAGGAGCUGCUGAUGCAGCGGAUGUUGCUGGCCAGCGUGUCCAGCGUGACGCUACAAUUCCUCUUCGUGUGCUGCCUCGUGCUGUUCGCGAACCUCAGCACGGACUACGCACGCUGGCUGAACGCUACCUGGACGGCCUUCACGUCGCUGCGCAUGUGGACGUACCUGUUCAUUCUCGCCACGGUGGUCUUCCUGCAGGGCUUCUUUUGCAGCAAGAUCUACCUGCGCACACCGUCGUAUCACAAGAGCAGAUUUACCAGAUUGUGCGCGACCCUCACCACGCAGAACCUGCUAUUCAGCGGCUCGUACAUCGUCAUCGGCGGUGCCCUGGUCUGGCUGUACUUGUCGUUGAUAGCCGGCAGAUACAAUUCACCGAUUGUCGAGUGCAAAGUCGCCGAGGGUAAGUGUCUGAUGGAGGAAUAUUAUUUCCUGCUGCUCAGUGGCUGCUGGGGUGGACUGUACUUUUCCAUCAAGAGCAACAACAUCACAUGCAAAUACAUCCGCUUCCCUACCAUAGCUCAGUCUAAGUUCUUUAGACUGAGGCACAAUAUCUAUUCCGUGCUGCCUACGUUGGUGUUCUCCUCCACUUGGUCCACAGUGUACUAUAUAAUGGCUUAUUACUUCUUGGGCUCCUACUGUCGUGCAGCACUCUCCGUGAUAUCCGUGCAGACAGAGCAGUCUGAGGUCUUGGACACUCUGUCCAAGCUGCUGAACUUCAUGCUGAUAUCGCGGCUCUGGCUGCAUCAGUUCCUCUUUGCGCUGACUCUCAGCAGCACCUACCUGUUAUUCGAAAUCUACAUGACCGAGUGGGUCUGGUUCAAAAUCGGCACGAGCGGCGCGUUCAGCAAGGACGAUCCCGAGCUGACGCUCACCGACGUCAUCUCCAUGGACAAGGUACCGAUAAUGCAAUACCUGGGCUACUUGGAUCUGUUGACCGUAGCUCAGAAGGAACGGAGCAGAAGGAUCUUGCUGUUCACGCUUAGUCAGCCGGGUGGUCAUCCCUACAAUUGGAACUGCGUGAUGCAGAAGUGUAUGGACCUCCUGAGGAACUUCACGAUCGACCUCAACGCCAUAUGCACCAAGUCGCCAGAUAAGACAUUCUACAGCGCGCCGAUCCUCACAACGACCACCACAUCGACAAGCGAGCCGCACAACGAUUAUCUGUACCGCAUGCGAAAACUGGUGCAGGACAUCCCGCCUCCGAUGAUGACCGCGACUGAGAUGAGCGCGAAGGAACCCGUUUGCAACGGCCGGCUCAUCCAGAAGUCCAUCAAGCAGAAACGGGAUGCCUUCGUGGCCUAUUUGCUCUCCAAGCCGCUCAUAAACUACAUCUUCGGCGAGCAGGAGGACAACAAGAUCCGCUACGUGUUGGCCAACGGCCAGCUGGCGAUCUGGGCCGCCGAGGCGAUCUCGUCGCUCACAGUGUACUCAUUGACCGAGGACACCUUCGGCAUCGUGCAGAAGGACGUGCCGACUAUCAUCUACGGCCUGCUGUCGUUGAAACAGGCCCUCGACAAGCUGCACAAGUCGAACAUGUCGAGCAGAAAAGCGCAAACGGACGACAAGUCGACCAGGGAGCUCUUUGUAUCCGUACGCAGCGCGAUCAAGCGCAGCCUCUACAGAAUCGUCACGAGCUUCGAGCCGUACAUCAAUGAACUGUACCUGGAGCCGGUAAAGAUAGAACAGUUGCAGAGCUACCUCAAUUACAGGGAGUGAUGUGCGAAUACUCUUGUUCACCACGAAGUGUACUUAUGUGAUUCACUGGACUACCGAGAGCUACAUAGUGAGAAAGCGCUGCUCUAUCCUGCGACAUAAACUUCCUUGUCAUUUAUUCAAAUUGUCGACAAAACGUCGUAAAUUUCAAAUUUAUUCUAUUUACACGUCUAUGAACUUACGUUUUAUUUUUUAUUCGCGUGAAAUCAUGAUCGUCUUGUCAAUCUUGUUAAUAAUUGUAUAAUCGAAAGCAUCUACAUUGAAAUACGUAAAUUAAUAAGUAUUUACAUCAAAAUAUAUACGUUACUAGUAUCUACAACACUAUAUACAAGUAUCUACAUUGAAAUAUGUAUAUAUAUAUAUAUAGCAUUUAUAAACGCAGUUGUGUAUGCAUUGUAACAGACGCACUGAGGAAAACGAAUAUUUCAAUGUAGAUACCUUAUUUGAUAUUUGUAAUGUAAAAUAUAAAAAUAUAGACGAUAAUAAACAUUAAUAUUUUUUCAAGAUGCUCAAAUCUGUGCUAUUCAGGAUUCAAUGUCUGCGUGUUCAUUGUAUAUUAUUGUGUAUACUACUCAAAAAUAAUUUUGGAAUCGUGUUGAGCAAAUGGUUCUAAUAAAUAAGUUCAUAGUCUACUGAGAA